AGCAGGUCCACCCUGCACAGCUUCUUCCUGGGACUGCCCUCCAUCCAUUCCACAUCAUCCAGAAAGGGAACUGCAAGCAGGAGAAACAGAAGAUGGGACAGGUUGUCUACUUUGGCCUCUGCCUCCUGGGCUGCUUCAUCAUUGGGUCAAGCAGCACCCCAGUGGAAGACACCAGUGAUGCAGAAGUGGCUGAGAAGUCUCCAUGUCCUUCUGGGGCACUUUAUUACAGACAGAACUGCUACGAGUUUUUUGGAACUUCAAGGACAUGGGAUGAAGCCGAGGCCGCAUGUCAGAUCCUGAGACACGGAGGGCACCUGGCUUCCUUUCCCAGCAUGAGGGAGGAAAAACUCGUCUCGGCUUACAUCAAGCAGCGUAGCUCCACCAACUAUGUCUGGAUUGGUCUUAACGCUACACCGAAUUUCAAUAGACUAAUCUGGGAAUGGAGUGAUGGAACCCUAUACAACUCUGGGUCCUCUCUCUGGGACAGCCGGAGCCCCAGCAGCUCCGUGUCUUCCUCCGAGUGUAUCGCCCUCUACAAUGUCCAGUAUUUGUCAUCUUCUUCCAGAUGGUUACAGUACAACUGUGCCGUCUCCUGGCCCUACGUAUGCAAAUAUAAGGCCUAGAGUUAGGCCUGGAAUGGCACCCCAGCCAGCACCCAGCCUCAGCGACCUGAAGGGGAUAGAAGCUCCAUCAGCUAAAGAUUCAAAUUCUUGGAGGAUGUGGUGUCACUGAAGUGAUUGCUUGUCCUUUUCCUGAGAUUCUCUCUUUUUCCAAGUAACUUCUUUAUUAACCUGCAUAGAUCCCUCUCUCACGCUCAGUGCAAUCCUAAAAACACUGUCCUGGGGGUCAGCCCCGUUUAGUAGACUUGAGUAGCAUCUUCUUUCUUAGGAUUUGUAUUGUUAGUCUUCUAGACCAGUAUAAGGGCCUUUAUUUCUAUGAACCAUCAGUAAAGACAAAAGUUGAAUCUUUUGCACAAACUUCAAAAUCCCUACCAAAUGCUACAAACCAGAGUACGUUCUUAUGUGAAGAAGGUUCCUCCUGGCUGAAUUCACAUUUUGCCUAAAAUAAGAUCCAUUCAGCUCUUGUAUAGAACAUGUGCAUUUGUGCUCUGCAGUUUGUGGGUGGAGCUUCCAAGCUGCACAUUAAAACAUAGAUCAAACCUGUCUAUGAAUUUAAAAGUGCCCUUUGAAGAGUUGUGAGUGAAGCCCCUCGAUGCUUCUUGAUUCUCUGGCCUGGUCCUGCCUUCUGUGCUGUCUCUUGCUGAUGGAAUGAUAAUAAAUUCUCUGCUGAACAUACAA